AUGUGCUGUAACGGAGAUAAGUACCCUCUCGCCCUUGACUGCCUUGUCUUUCCGCAUGCAUGCGCCCCUCCCCACGCUGCCACGAGCGUCUCUCGCUGCACGCCUGCUCACCACCACACGCAAGGGCUCCCCCCAAUGCUCAACAGGUGCGCACACGGCAAGGCAGGGAGGAGGGGUGGUGCGGAGGAGGUGGCAGGGGUGGGCAGGGAGCAGCAGGGGAAGGCAGGGGAGAGCAGCGAGGGAUCAGCGCCUUUGGGUGGUGUGAGACUCUUCAGUGGCGGCACCACAGCAGCCUCACGCGCCUCAAGGCGCCUGCGCCACUCACAGUCGCACCAGUUAACAUCAGCAGCCAGUCCGCUCCUGCAGCAGAGGCGCAUGCGGGCAGGCCAAGGGGUGGCACUCCAGCCAGCCAGAGGGAGAGCAUGCGGGCUGCCUACUGCUGCACAAGCAUCAGCAGCCAGUCCGCUCCUGCAGCAGAGGCUCAUGCGGGCGGGUUAA